UUCCGGUACCAGGAAGCGGCUGGGCCGCGGGACGUGUGCCGGCGGCUCCGGGAGCUGUCGCGCCGCUGGCUGCAGCCGGAGGCGCGUUCCAAGGAGCAGAUCAUGGAGCUGCUGGUGCUGGAGCAAUUCCUGAGCAUCCUUCCCGAGGACAUCCAGAGCUGGGUCUGGGUCCGGCACCCGGAAUCCUGCGCCCAAGCCGUGGCCCUGGCCGAGAGCUUCCAGCCGGGACGGCAGGAAGCGGCCGGGAUCUGGGAGCAGCAGGUCACCGUGCGCGUGAAGCUGGAGGAGGUGGCCCCAGAGGACACGGAGAGCCCCCCAAACCAAUGGGGGUCCCCGAGCCCCCCGUUGGAGCCUCCUCAGCUCAUCUCGGAUGACGAUUCCCAAGAGGAAUCGGCCCGGAGCAAGUUCAAGCUCCCCCGUGCUCCCGAGGAUGAGGAUCCUCAAGAAACAGGUAAAAAGCACGAGGAAAAGGUGCUUUUUUGGGGAAAAAUGGUUGGGGAGCGCCUGGAAGGUCCCGGCAUGGGGAGCAGAGGGGACACCCAAUUCCUUUGGCAAAGGCAAGAGAGGCCCCAUGGAGCCAGGGCCCUCCAGGGCGUCUCCGACGGCGCUGCAAUCCGGAGCCCCGUGCGGAAGGAGAUCUACAGGAGGCAGAAAGGGAUCCCCCGGGAUCCGGCCGUCCCGUCACCCGCCGGCCACGGGCUGUUGGGGACAACGGGGGACGUCAAGAGCCAGGAGAGUGUUGGCCAACGGCCGGAGAAGCCGCACCGGUGCCGCGAGUGCGGGGAGCGCUUCUGGGUGAAGCGCGAGCUGGCGGCGCACGCCAAGGUGCACGAGAAGGAGCGUCCCUACCCUUGCGCCGAGUGCGGCAAGAGCUUCAACCGCCUCACGCACCUCAAGACCCACCAGCGGACGCACACGGGGGUGAAGCCCUACGCGUGCGGCGAGUGCGGCAAGAGCUUCGGCCACCUCUCGACGCUCACCACCCACCAGCGCCUGCACACGGGCGAGCGGCCCUACUCGUGCGGCGCCUGCGCCAAGACCUUCACCAACCCCUCGGACCUCAACAAGCACCAGCGCUCGCACACGGGCGAGCGGCCGUACCCGUGCGCCGCCGCCAUGGGGGAGCGGAAGACCAAGGGUGAGAAGAACAUGGACGUGGCCCUUGGCAUGGCCAACAAUUUCCCGUACGUGACCAUCCGCAGCCUUUUGAUGGAGGACAUCAUGCAGAUCUGGAACGCGGCUCUGGUCCAUGUCCGGCAGCAGCUGGAGCUCGGCAAGAUGUCCUCUCACCCACCUCAUCCACUAGGAACGCUCCCAUUGGCCACGCUGCUCUUCCAGGCGGUCACCAUCACCGGCCUGGGGACCUUCUGCUUGGUGGAACAACACCUCGACGUCGGGAACGGCGACCUGCGCCCCGUGCAGAAGCCGGUGUUCCAACUGUCAGAGAUGGUGACGCGCAUCAGCAACCUCCAAUACCCUCCGGUUGUUCUUCCCGAGGACACCCCCGUGGUGCCACUGGACUACGUCCACCUGUCCUGGGAGACCAUCCGCACGCCGGGCACGCUGAGGACGUGCAUCACGGAGACGCUGCUCUUCUUCUACUGCUUCGUGAUGACGCAGCAGGACAUCGACUUCGUCUUCAAGAACAUCGGCAUGCUCUCCGUGCGCAACAACGUGGCCACCAUGCGCUUCUACGCCGACUUCCUGGAGAGCUUUGACCGCACGGGGACCGUCACCAAUGCUCUCGUCAGUGACCCCAAGACCAAGGAGCUGGUCAUCUUUGGCCGGGAGAAGGACGUGUCCCACAACAGCUUUGGUGGGGUCAUCGUGCUCCCAAUGUUCGCUCUGGACCAUCCCUUGCACCGAACGUCCGUGAAACCGGGUGGACGCGGAGUUCUGGCGCCCGAGCAAGAGGCCGACUGGGAAUUCCGGUGCUACAUGGAGGAGAAAGCUGCUGCGCAGAAACGUCCGUCCAAGCGCUCCCGCUCCCGGGAGAGGCGUCACCGGCCCAAAAUAUCCCCGGAUGCCACCAAGAAACCCACGGGGAGGAGAGUGCGGAUCCAGACACCGCCAGCCCGGUGA